AUGCAGACUGCUUCUACAAAUAUUUGUGAAAGAAUAGGUCGCUCUCAGGAGCUCAGUGAAUUCAAGUGUGGUACCGUGACAGGUUGCCACCUGUGCAAUAAGUCCAUCUGUGAAAUUUUCUUGCUACUAAAUAUCCCACAGUCAACUGUUUACUGGUAUUAUUACAAAGUGGAAGCAACUGGGAACAACAGCAACUCUGCCACGAAGUGAGCUGGGUCAGUGCAUGCUGAAGCGCACAGUGUGCAGAAAUUGCCAACUGUCUGCAGAGUCAAUAGCUAAAGACCUCCAAACUUCAUGUGGCCUUCAGAUUAGCACAACAGUGCAUAGACAGCUUCAUGGAAUGGGUUUUCAUGGCUGA